AGGUAUUGCUGGAGUUUCUCAUCAUCCUAUGUAUGCAUAUGACUUGAAUGUUCAGUCCCUGAAUAGCAAAUUUGAAGAGGAGAAAUUCACAGAAGCUGCAAGUCCUGAUAGCUUUAAGCUCCGAAGUGUAGAUGACAGCAGUGUGUAUAAGAGAAGAUCAUCUCUGUUGUCGAAGAGUGGAAGUAGAAGGAGCCAUACUCCACAAGCUAGACCAACAUACUUGUCAAAAAUUGGAAGCCGAAAUGAUAUCACCUCUCCGACCAAAGGCUUCUGUUCGUUGUCUAAAAGCACGAGCAGAAGGGAACAGGACAGCAGCCCAACAAAAGCAUCAUCAUCUUCUAGAAGAAUUCGAUGCGAAUCAGCACCAGAAAUCCCAGCUAAUAUUUCAAGAACUGCAAGCAGAAGGAGUACCACCCCCAUUGUUUUCUCUCAAACAACUGCCAGGAAGAAGCCUCCUCCUAUUGAAAGAAAACUCGAUUGCACCAUUGAAGAGUUAUGCCAUGGAUCCCUCAAGAAUAUCAAGAUCACUAGGGAUGUCAUCACAGAUGAAGGAAUAAUUGUGCAACAAGAAGAAAUACUGACAAUAAAACUGAAGCCAGGAUGGAAGAAAGGAACCAAGAUAACCUUCGAAGGAAAGGGCAAUGAGAAGCCGGGGUACCUGCCAGCAGAUAUAAUAUUCUUGAUAAAUGAGAAAAGACAUCCCUUGUUUAAACGACGAGGAGAUGACUUAGAGAUAGCAGUGCAGCUACCUUUGGUGAAUGCCCUCACAGGUUGCACGCUGUCGGUGCCUCUGUUGGGUGGCGACAAGAUGACAUUGUCUGUCACCGAUAUCGUGUAUCCCGGCUACCUGAAGGUCAUCCCGGGCCAAGGCAUGCCCAAUCCUAAAUCACAGGAUGGAAAACGCGGUGAUUUGAUAAUCACCUUUCUUGUUAAUUUCCCCCAACAUUUAACCCAUGAACAACGCUCCCUAGCUUUUGAUAUUUUGAACCACUGUUCUGAAUAGUAAGUCAUAGGUUUUAUUUUAGUUAGAAAUUUCUCUCAUAAUGAUCUUGACCAAAUAUUUCUCAUUUAUCUAAUGCUUAAUCUUACGCCAAAUACCUGCAGGCAAAUACAUAUUCUAAAAAAUGCAUAACUGCUUUAUUUGAAGAUCAUUCUUGGUUGAAAAAGAUAAGAAUGUCAAUUCCAAAACUUUGUGAAAUGUGAUAAUUGAUUGAUAAGUAAUCUUCCUAAAACUUAGGCUCAGUGAUUUCGUUGAACAAUUUUCCGAGAUAGAAAAACAAGAUGACGCAAGACUAAAAGAACUAACUGUUUUAACCACAUAACCAGAAAUCAUGUAGCAAACCUCAAUACCAGGUCAAAAUUAUAGAUAGAUGCUUCAAAUGUGCUCCAAUGGACUAAAGACUGUUCGGAUAUUUGUCCAAAUUUGAUUCAGCAGCUCUCUGCAGUGAAAAAGACAGAAGUCAGAUUCUAACUGAAAAGGUGUUACUCACUAAAAGAAAAUUAAAAUUGAUAAUACUGCAAGUUUAUUUCGUAAUUCGUUCACACAAAAGGCUAUCCACAUAUGACUUAGGAAGAGUUUCCCGUUGCUCUGGAAUUUCCCAAUCAGAAAAAAAAAAAA